AUGCUGAAAUAUGCCUUUAUUGGAAAUCCAGCUACCAAAUGCCCAGGUUCCUGUGGAGCACGAACCCCAUCACCAAAUAACAAUCCGGGAUUAGAUGCAAUGUUCAAUAUUAUGGCACACGAACUUUCUGAAGCAGCCACAGAUCCCCAAAUCAACGCUUGGCUUGAUGCAGCUGGUGCAGAAAACGCAGAUAAAUGCGUUUGGACUUUUGGCACUACAUUUUCGACGUUGAAUGGUGCAACUGCCAAUGUGAUUUGUGGAGGAAACAACUACUACAUUCAGCAAAACUGGAAACUACAACCAUUGCCUCAAGGUUGUGGCUUGUCCUAA